CAAAAACUCUUCCUUAGUGUCAGACCCCAACAAACUUCCUAAAGGAAAAAAAAAAAUCUAUCUUUUUUUCUUUUUCUAUUUUUUUGUCUUCUAAUUUUUCCCCCCCAAUCCCUUUGCUAUAUAUAUCCAAUAUAGUUUAUAAACCUAAAGCAUAGGACAAGUACCCAACAGAAGCUAUAUUUAUAUAUAGAGAGAAAGAGUUAGUUUUCCUUUAUUUUAUAUGAGAAGGGCCAUUUACAACAACAAGAAGCUUCUGUUCAACUUAUACCCAACAACAACUACUACCAAGAACGGCAACAACAAUAUCAAAGUUCUUUCCUUUAUCAGAAAUAUCAUGUCUGAUCAAUCUGAUCAAGCUUUCAAUAGACCAAGAAUGGUCAUCAAGAAAGUUCUGGCCAAGCCUCAACAUGAAGGUGAUGGUGCUGUUGUUAGAAGAGGCAUUGGAAGGAGUGAAUUGAGGUCCUUGGACCCUUUUCUUAUGUUGGAUCAUUUUUCAGUGGCUGCUCCUGCUGGAUUUCCUGAUCAUCCUCACAGAGGUUUUGAGACCGUUACAUACAUGCUUCAGGGAGGCAUUACUCAUCAAGAUUUUGCAGGACAUAAGGGUACUAUCCACACUGGAGAUGUGCAGUGGAUGACAGCAGGAAGAGGGAUAAUCCACUCAGAAAUGCCUGCAGGAGAAGGAACACAAAAGGGCUUACAGCUCUGGAUAAAUCUAUCUUCUCAAGACAAAAUGAUUGAACCAAGGUAUCAAGAACUUUUAAGUGAAGAUAUAAAAAGGGCAGAAAAAGAUGGUGCUGAAGUGCGAAUUAUAGCAGGAGAAUCAAUGGGAGUUACAUCUCCAGUUUACACCCGAACACCGGCAAUGUUCUUGGAUUUUACACUAAAACCUAGAGCUCAACUGCAUCAAAGCAUUCCAGAAUCAUGGAAUGCAUUUGUUUAUAUUAUUGAAGGUGAAGGAACAUUUGGUAUCCGAAACUCUUCCCCUGCAACUGCUCACCAUGUUCUAGUUUUAGAUUCUGGAGAUGGUUUAAGCGUGUGGAAUAAGUCCUCAAAGCCAUUAAGGUUCGUGUUAAUUGCAGGGCAGCCAAUUAAUGAACCAGUGGUUCAACAUGGUCCUUUUGUGAUGAACACACAAGCUGAAAUUGAACAAACUAUUGAAGAUUAUCACUAUUGCAAAAAUGGAUUUGAAAUGGGCAAGUAUUGGAGAUCUCAAUAAGUGGAUUAAAGAAAGCUUUCAAAUCAUGAGAGCUCAUUUCAACCAUUAAAAGAGAAAAAAAAAGAAAGUUUCAAGAAAUAAAGGGAUAUUUUUCUUUUUAUCUUCACCCCUGUCUCUAUCAAUCAAUAUCUCUGACAGAGCAAUCAAAUGGAAGUUGAAAAGGAAGUUAUGCUUUACUGAUUGGAGCAAGAACUUCUAGAAGAUCUUAAGUGCAGCUGGAGAUGUUAAAUAUGGCUAUCAAAUCUUUCUUUCUUUUUUGUUUCCUUCCCCAACUAUAUAUCUCGUGGUAGUUGAUGAUUAAAUUAUUAAUUAUUACUAUUGUUUCUGUUUUUGCCCUUUCAUUUUUCCCUUGAAAGAUUAUUUGAUAAUUUUGAAUA